AUGGACCGACUUGACCUUGCGAAGUCAUCGAAAUUUACAAGAGGCGAAAAAUGCAUUUUUAUUCAUUUGAUACUAACAUUUGUCUUGAUUAUACUAUCGAUUGUUAUAUACUUCGUGCAUCUAUGCCUAAUCAACCACCCAGGUAACAGUUAUUUAAAUACAAGACGAUCGGUGGCAGUACGCGAAGUAUUCAAAGAAGUCACGACGCCGGAUUAUUUGCCAAUCGGCGUUCUUUAUUUAAGUACUAAUCCUAUCCGAGCGGUUUGCAAUACAAUACUUUUCCGAGAGAAAUGGUCAAUAGCUCCUGCGCACUGUGUCAUCAUUAGAAGUGAUCCCUCGUUGGUGCAAUUGCUCCCGAAAUGGGGGAUUAAGUUUAGAACUUCGGAUUUAAAAAUUAUAGUUACUAAAAUAAGAAGAAGUAUUGCUCAUCCUCAUUUCAAUCGAGACGACUUUAGUAACAAUAUCGGUCUACUGGAACACACAGUUUCGGUUCCGAUCCAUCAAUAUAUCAGUAAGUAUCAAUACAAUAUUGUAUUAUUCAACUUAAUUCCCAAAUUUUAGCAAAAUCAAGUAACGGCGCAGAUGUCUGGUCUUUAUGUGUAACUAGCUUUCACCCGCGACUCCGUUUCGCGUGGAAAUGGAAAAAGCAAAAGUGAGUAGCC